CCACGCUCCCGUCCCGCUCGGCAGCGGCGAUGCCGCAGGCGGGCACCCCCCCGGGCUCCCGGGGCACGGCGCUGCUGGCUCUGUCGCUGCUGCUGGCAGGGUCCCUGGGCGGCGGGCAGCACUACGACUACUACGGCUGGCAGCCCGAGAGCCUGCCCCACGGGCGCUUCUACGGGCGGGAGCCGCAGUGCCUCGACAUCCCGGCCGACAUGCAGCUCUGCCGCGACGUGGGCUACAAGCGCAUGCGGCUGCCCAACCUGCUGGAGCACGAAACCAUGGCCGAGGCCAAGCAGCAGGCCGGCAGCUGGGUGCCCCUGCUCGCCAAGCAGUGCCACACCGACACCCAGCUCUUCCUCUGCUCCCUCUUCGCCCCCGUGUGCCUCGACCGGCCCGUGUACCCGUGUCGCUCCCUCUGCGAGGUGGUGCGGGACUCCUGUGCCCCCGUCAUGGAGUCCUACGGCUUCCCCUGGCCUGAGAUGCUGCACUGUGGCAAGUUCCCCUCUGACCACGAGCUCUGCAUCGCCGUCCAGUUUGGGAACAGCAAAGCCACGCCGCCCCCAGUGUCCAAGAUCUGCACCCAGUGUGAGAUGGAGCACAAGGCUGAUGGCAUGAUGGAGCAGAUGUGCUCCAGUGACUUUGUGGUGAAAAUGCGCAUCAAGGAGGUGACGGAGGAGAACGGGGAGCGCCGGCUGGUGGCUGCCCAGAAGAAGAAGGUGCUGAAACUGGGCCCGCUGAAGCGCAAGGACACCAAGAAGAUGGUGCUGCACAUGAGGAACGCGGGUGCCUGCCCCUGCCCCCAGCUCGACAGCCUCAGCGGCAGCUUCCUAGUCAUGGGCCGCAAGGUGGGCGGCCGCCUGCUCCUGCUGGCCAUCUACCCCUGGCAGAAGCACAACAAGGAGAUGAAGUUUGCAGUCAAGUUCAUGUUCUCUUACCCCUGCCCACUCUACCACCCCCUGCUCUAUGGGGCUGGGCAGCAUUAGGGUUUUUGCCCACCCUGCCCUUUCCCAGAACUCCUGCACGGCCCAACAUCCCACCCCUGGCUUCUCUGGCUGCACCCUAGGAGCUCAGCUCUGCUCACCUCAGCCCCUUGACUGUGCCCCAGAACCCAGCUGUGCACCUGCAGGAUUCCCUGCUGCAUUUGUGGUAGCCCUGAUCCACAGCCAGGACACCUGCCUCCCCCCAAGAGCCCUACUCUGCACCCCUGGGAUCCCUGUUCUGCUCCUGGGACCCUCACCCCUGUCCAGGAGCUUAGUCUGGACCUGGGACCCUUGUUCUGCAUGCUUGUGAGCCCUGGUCUGUACUGGACACCCUUGUCUACUCCCAGGUUCCCCACCUAGAAGCCCAGAGACCCUUGCUUUCAUUUAGGAUCCCUGCUUGGCCUUCUUGGCUACACCUGGGACCCCUCCCCUGCAGCCAUGUCCUUUGCCCAGCUCCCUUAUGAUAUGCCACAGACCCUCAGCCCCCCAGUCCCUGUUCCGGCCCACCAACACAUCCCAUGCCCUCACCUGGAGCUCACAUCCACCCCUGGAUUAUAUCACCUUCCAGAGGUCCAGCCCAGCCCAGGCAGGUCCCUCUAUUCCCACAGAUUGACUCCCUGCAGACCGAGUGCCCAGAGCUGCACAAAUCCCUCCUGGGGUCCCCCACUCCCCAUAGCACACAGUUCACACCUCCAAUGCCCCAGGGCAGCGCUGCUGCACCCCUUGCACACACCCUGCUGUGACCCAGCCACACACCCCUUGCCCACCAACACCACAGUAAAUUAUUCCAGCUCGGAGCAGUCUGUGUGCCACUCACUGCAGCUCAUUGGUAAGAACCCUUGGGGCUCCCUCAGGGACCCCAGAGGAUUGGGAGGGGGUCCCAGUCCUGCCCACUGAGUGAGGCAGCCUGAGGGAGCGAGGUCACCUCAGGAUCUGGCUCUGGCCCCACUUAGGUGCUGUGCCCAGAGCCUGAGCCUGGGCAGUCCAGCCAAGCCAGGGGAUGUGGUUCCUGGUGGUCACAGGCAUCCCUGGAGCCUCAGGCACCCCUGCCACUCCAGGGAGCCUGGGAGGGCAUCGAGAUGAGCAGCAUGGGGGAACAGGGCCAUCACUGCUGCUGGAGCCUCACAGGUGGGUUUGGCAGUGGUUUGACAGGGAAGUUUCUUCUUUUUCUUACUUUGUCACCCCGAGGGAUAAAUCCAUGGUCUGGGAGCUCACAGUACUUGUGAGAAGCCUGGCACUGCGCAUCAAAGGGGGCAGAUACUGGACCAGGCAGUCUCCAGCCCUGCCCUCCCCAUACCAUACCAUCUGAAAGUCCUCUCUGCAGCUCCCUGCCAGCCCUGCUUGGCUGCCAGACCUCCCAUGCCACAGCCUCCAUCCUCCUCCAAAAUGAUUCCUAGGGCCACCCACCUGCGCUGGCCAGGACCCUCCCAAAAGCCCCAUGAGCAGAGCAGCCCUCAGCCCAGCCCUGAUGGCAGCAGGGCUGUCCCUUAGCUCAGCUCGACUGCCAAGCUGCCCCCCAGUCCCAGCUGGCAAGGGACAGCUUGAGGAACCCUGUCAUUCCUGCUGUGCCAGCUGGUAUCCACCUUUCCCAAAGGGUGAGGAGCCCAAGGUGCUGCCAGGACAUUCCCCCAGUGCCUGCCUGCCUGACACUGCCUUCUCUUCAGAGCUGACCAGCCUCAGGGAGCUCCUGGGACAGGGAAAUUGAGGCUGUAGGAUCCCUGCACCCACCCUCUUCUGGCUGAUAAGAGCACUGUGCACCUGCCCUGCUCUGGGCUGACCUCUUCUCCCUCUGCCCUCUUGGGCAUGGCCUUGGCCCCACUGGUCAGCCUCCAGAGCCCCAGAUCUCCCACUCUGGCCCCACAGCCAGCCAGAAAUAUGGGCCAGCCAGCCCCUGCCCCAGCCUUGCACCAGAAAUGGGCAUUUCUCCCUGGCCACUGGGAAAAAAAUGGGGAAAAAAUUCAAAUAUUAUUAGGUUUGUUCAGAGCGUGACUGCAGAGCACACUUCCAUAGGAAUAAACACUGUCAAUUACAUUUUAUUGCAAAACUUUAAAAGCAUAAA